GGGAGGGGUCAGGAGGUUAUUGAUAUGGUUAGACUGAAGGGUCUGUGGAAAAGCAUAAAUAGCUGAAAGGCGUGAUCAAGUCUCGCAGUCUCUCUCAGACAGCCCAGGCAUAGGUGACCUCCACUUCUGCAGAAAGCUCAUCUGUCUCUGCAAAGCCAAACACUAUCACCACCAUGGAAAAUAUGAAAGCCAUCUGUAUGAGAUGCUUGCUGUGGUGCUUCACCUUAAUGGCAACCGAAUUUAGUGGAAUCGCCACCAUGCCUGUGAGUGCAGUUGACUCGAUUUGCACUGCACCAUCAACAGCUAAGUACAGAUUAACAUUUACAGGCAAGUGGAGCCAGACAGCCUUCCCCAAGCAGUACCCCGUUUACAGGCCUCCUGCUCAGUGGUCUCCACUGAUUGGAGUAUCCCACAGUUCAGACUAUCACAUCUGGCAAAAAAACGAAUACGCAAGUAACGGGGUGAGAGAGUUCUCUGAAAAAGGAGAGGCUUGGACUCUGAUUAAGGAGGUGGAGGCAGCUGGGGAGCGCAUCCAGAGUGUAUAUGGUCUCUUUUCUACGCCAGCUGUGCUUGGAGGUUCAGGCCAGACAAGCACUGAGUUUGAGGUGUAUGCCAGGCACAACUUUUUGUCUUUUAUUAUGAGGCUUGUCCCGAGCCCAGACUGGUUUAUCGGUGUAGACAGUCUAAAUCUUUGUGAUGGGGAUCGCUGGAAAGAAAACAUUAGCCUUGAUCUGUUUCCUUAUGAUGCUGGCACAGACAGUGGCUUCACUUUUUCUUCACCCAAAUUUGAGACUAUUCCUCAGGACAAAGUCACACAGAUAACAUCAUCAUUUCCAAGUCACCCUGUUAACUCGUUCUACUAUCCACGUCUGAGACAUCUUCCCCCGAUUGCCAAGGUCACACUCACCAAGAUUGAGAGAAAACAGAUUUUUAGUUUACCGAUUGCGCCUACACAAUCGAAUCAAAUUCUCACUGGCAACGAAAUAGUCGAGUCUCUUAUAAAUACACCUCUUGACUGUGAGGUGUCUGCCUGGUCCCCUUGGGGUUUAUGCAAAGGUGAGUGUGGGACGGAGAAAAAGAAAGGCAUUAGAUAUCGUACACGCUACAUUCACAUAAAGCCUGCUAACAACGGCUCUGCCUGCCCACCUCUCGAGGAGGAGAGAACCUGUUUACUUGACUCCUGUGAGUGAGAGUCUGUGACAUCACAUCCAUCAUUUCCUAUUUUACCUUUUCCUUUUUUCAAAGCACAAUCCGGUUUGGACUACAGAUUCACAGUGACAAGACAACGUUUAUAAAAGCUAUAAUGUAACUGUAUAUGUGUUUCAGGGUUUUUUUAAGCAACACUACUGCUUUGCUCCCAUUGAGUUUGUCAUACACGUUAUGUCCUACAUGUUAUGUAUUAUAGAAAUGUCUUCUAAUAUUGUGAUAUUUUUGUUUGUCCACCUUUACAUUAGCUCAAUAUAUUUCACUGGAGACAAAAAAAAGUGUGCAAAGGACAGCAGUUUAUUAUCUAUUUGCUAUAAUGAUAUCUAUAUUACAAUUUAGGUGCUAUUAAAGACUUUUUUUAUGUUGAACGUAUGGAAAAUUAUCGAACUUAUAUGAACUGGCGCCCCCUGGUGGAAUGAUUGAGCGCUUACACUUCAGUAUCAAGUCAUGUACUCUUAGAAAGGUGCUUACUUGUUUCUAAUGUGUUUUGUGUGGUAAAUGUCUAUGCAUUCAAUGCAAUAAACUGUAAAUAUCAAUUGUAAAUAUAAACAAAUAAACUGUUUCCUGUUAA